GCCUUCACUCGCAGCGAGGCUGGUGGGUCGUCGGAUAGCUACGCCACAAACGAUCGUACGCAGCGAACACUUACCAACGAACGAAAAGUAUAGUUUGUUUCGUAAAAGACUAGAUUACACCAAAAUGACAAUCCAACUCGCCGCCAUUGCUACGUCAGGAGGACUCGCGGUGACUGCGUCGGCCCUAGGAACCACUCUGUUAGGAUUUUUCCUUCUGCUGAGUAACAUCAUGGCUGGCAAGAGGAGAAAGAGAGACACCUUAACCGCCCCCAGCAAAUUGAAGAGGAACAGAUGGUCAAGACGAUGAUGUACAAGGUGCUGAAUGAAUUGGACCUUUAUGACUGCACAGCACUUGCUCUCUGCGAUGCCAUCGCCCUCCCAGAUAGAGAGAGAUCUCCUGUCCAGUCUUCACUAGUUAACAUGCUCAGUCCCCAGUCCGGCGCCCCAAUGGAUUGGGCAAACGUCAGUGACCCCAGUGCCAAGUACCAGUACGCUGCUUUCAUGGGCCUAUGGACUUCGGUGACCAACAGGGGUACUACGUGCCGCCAGGUGUUCUCUCGGUGCCCUUACCCACCUUCUGAGAUUCUCGGUUUCAUGGCAAACACAGACGUCUUGCCAUGUCAGAGUUAUUUGAAAAAUAUGGAUGUUGUUAAAAACUAGAUGUUUCUGCUCUCUUGUGAUUCAGGUUUGAAUAUACGAGGUAUAUAAUAUUUAGUGGUUAAUACUAAGUUAAGUGAAGGUUCCCCCUCAUCUCUUUUACGUCAUGUACUAUACUCGAUCAUACAGAAGGCCAAAGAUUUUCUUGUAAUCCUUUUUUGUACUCUACAUGUUAUGAAGAACUUGUCACAAAACGGAUUGUGAUUAUGGACUAAUUUUAGGUUUUCAAAGCUAACUGAUUAGAGAAACAGCUGGGACAAAAGCCCAUCACUGCAAUAAUUUCUAAAAUGAUGACUGCCUUGUCCGUAUAUCAUACAUCGACU